AUGACAGAUCCAAACACCAUCUUUCUCAUCUCAGACUUUGAUGAGCUCUAUAACGAUAUCAACUACACUGAUCCCUUUAAUGGCUCAGACUUCAUGCUGGAUGUCAACACCCUCACCUGUGAGAGCACCCCCAUCUCUCACGCCGUCAGUCUGGUCGUAUGUAGCUUCUACAUUCUCAUAUUCCUGUUGGCGAUACCUGGCAACCUGCUGGUGGGGCUGGUGAUCGGCUUGAGCAAGCAGGCCCUGUCUCCCUCCGACCUCUACCUCCUCCACCUGGCUGUGGCUGACAUCAUCCUGGCCGCCACCCUGCCCUUCUGGGCCACCUCCGUGUUGCAGAGCUGGCUGUUUGGCAGCGUAGGCUGCAAGAUCGUCUGCCUCCUCCUGGAGGUGAGCUUCUACGCCAGCAUCCUGUUCCUGGCCUGCAUCAGUGUGGACCGCUAUCUGGUGAUCGUCAGAGGGGUGGAGUCCCGGAGCGCCAGCCACCGCCUGCUGGGCUGGGGCGCAUGCGGAGGCGUCUGGGUCCUGGGUACGGCGCUGUCUCUGCCCGCCCUCUACAACAGCUCCUUCACCCCCCUCGGUGGCGGGCAGGAGGUGUGCGCCGAGCGCCACGACGCCAGCACGGCGACAGCCUGGCUCCUGGCCACCAGAGCGCUCCGCCACACCCUGGGUUUCCUCCUGCCGCUAGCCAUCAUGCUGGUGUGCUACGGCGUCACAGUGCUACGGCUGCUGCGCACGCGCGGGGGCUUCCAGCGCCAGCGUGCCAUGAGGGUGAUUGUGGCGGUGGUGGUGGCGUUCCUACUCUGCUGGAGUCCAUACCACCUGGCCGUGGUGGCCGACACCCUGGUGAGGGCCAAGCUGCUGCCGGAGGGCUGCACCUUGAGGACGGGUGUGUCCCGGGCUAUGUUCGCCACACAGAGCCUGGGGCUGCUGCACAGCUGUGUCAACCCAGUACUGUACGCCUUUGUGGGGAAGAAAUUCCGCCAGAGGCUGGCGAAGGAGCUGAGGAGGAGGGGGGUGCUGGAGAGAACCUCCGCCAGCAGGUCCAGCAGGUCCUCAUCCACGCCAGAGAUCACCUCCACCCUCAUGUGAUCACACCAGCCAGAGAUCACCUCCACCCUCAUGUGAUCACACCAGCCAGAGAUCACUUCCACCCUCAUGUGAUCACACCAGCCAGAGAUCACCUCCACCCUCAUGUGAUCACACCAGCCAGAGAUCAC